AUGUUAUUAAAAGGUGCAUGUUUAAGAAUGUUGAAUAAAUAUGAGUAUGCAAUCAUUUGGUUGGACAAAGUAUUAGUUACUGAUCCUAAAAAUGUUUUUUCCUUAAGUGAUAAAGGUAGAUUUCAUCAUUUUAUAUUAAUAGGAGAAUGUUUAAGAUUAAUGAAGUAAUAUGAUAAAUCUGAAAAAGAUCUACAAUUAGCACUUUCUAUUAAUCCAAACCACACAUUUAGUCUUGAUAUGCUUGGUAUUUGUUAAUUCCUAUCAAGUAAACUGUUUAUAUUAGAUGAGUCAAAACUACUACAUUUUACAAAACUAACAGAAAUAUUUCAGAGCUCUGAUAUAUUAUGAAAGAAAAUUAAAAUUUAACCCAAAUGAUUAAUGGAUUAAAAUUAAAAGGGUAUUCUUAUUUGUUAAUCUAGAAUUUUGUCAGCAGAAAUCGAAAUAAUGAAUCACAAAUAAUAUAAUAAAAAAAUUAAAAUUAUAUAAUUAUCAAAGGAUUUUCAAUUAAGAUAUUUUUCUAUAAAUUAUGA